AUGGGCACCUCCCACGCCCUCCUCCACGCCCUCCAAAUCUUCGGCGUCUUCGCCUGUGUCCAUCAUUUCUACCCCAAGGGUAUCACAUACGGCGAGAAAGAGGAAUGGGAGCGAGAACAGAAGAGGAAGAGUAGGGGCAUGGGACAUCGACGGAGAGGAGAGAGUGGGAGGAGAAGUAGGAGGGAGUUUGAGGAGGACGAUUAUUAUGAGACGUAUGGGAGGGGAGAUGGGGGGUAUGGGUAUGGAAGGGGUGAUGGGAGGGAUUAUGAUGAUGUGUUGUAUACGAGACGGGGGACGAGGUGA